CUGACCCGGCUAUGUGUAGUGUGCUGAGCCCUCACUGCCUCAGUGGCUCUUGAGUCUCCCUGCCGUCAACAGUGCCGCGCUAGCAGGUGUGUUGCUACACCUCCCACCAUUAUACCUUCUUCCUUAUUCCCAGUGUCAGCUCCGAGUGUGUUACUUCCAAGGCAAGUCUGUAUACGACCACACAAGAUGAAGGUCCUGGCACUACUGCUGGCCCUGGUGGCCCUCACACACGCCGCACCACAACACAGAAUGUCGAGUCAGGCAUACAACGCCUUCAAAGUAGCACUGUCUGGCCGCAUCCCCGUGGCCCUCUACUCAGCCAAAAGGUCUUACCGAGGCUACGGCGACGAGAGUGACGGUGUCGUGGUCAUCAACUUCCCCGGACUCGGUAAUCAAGCCGGCGCCUACUCCGCUGAUUCUGAUGAUUUCGGAGUUGCAGUCGGCAGGACUUCCAGCUCCCCCAUCGACACCCCCUCUGCCAGCCCAACAGCCUCCUUGCCCGCUGUUAGACUAGACGAUGAUGAUCUGGCUGACGCAAUAGAAGAUGCGGUGGAAGAUGCGAUAGACACAGCAGAAGAUGCAGCACAACUUACUACCAGGAAUGCAGCACUAAAUGCAUUCGAUAAUACAGCAGCAAUAGCAGCAAUUGCGCCUAGAACUGGCGCGGGCUCACCCCAGUUGGCGAUAUCCACGGAGGACCUGAUUGAUGCCAUUGAAGACGCAGCAGAGGAAGCAGUAGAAGGACGCACACGCACCCCGGCUGAGGCCCUCACACCGGCGGCAGUAGCAGCAGAGAUUAUAAGAGAGAGAAUGGAAGAUGCAGCAGAGAACGCAAUUGAGGCAUUGCAGGAUGCGGCAGAAAACACAAGAGAGGCUAUAGAGGAAGCAACAGAAAAUGCAAGAGAGGCAAUGCUGACGGCAGCAAUAAGUGCAAGAACCGCAAUGCUGGAUACACCACGGGACACGAGGACCACGGUGAUGGGUGCAGCAGGGAAGGCAAUAAUGGCAGCAGCAAGGAACACACAAGCUGCAAUGUCGACAGUAGCGGAGAACGCAAGACUUGCAAUGCUGAUAGCAGCAGAAAAUGCAAGAGAGGCCUUGGAGGAAGCAGCAGAGAACGCGAUAGAGGCACAGGAGGAUGCAGCAGAGGUCGAAAGAGCAAAAAUACUGCUGACUGAAGCAGAAAACACAAGAAACGCAUUGUUAGGAGCAGUGAACAACGCAAGAACCACAAUGACUGGGGCAGCAGAGAAUGCAAGAGUCGCAGUACUGUUAGCAGCAGAGAAUUUAAGAGAAGCAAUGCAGGAAGCAGUAGAGAACGCAAGAGAGGCAAGGCUAGAAGCAGCAGAGAACGAAAGAGAAGCACAAGAAGAAGCAGCAGAGGCCGCAAGGGAUGCACUACUGUUAAGAGCAGCGACGGCCGCAGGAAACGCAAUGGUGGGAGCAACAGAGAACGCAAGACUCGCAAUGUUGAUAGCAGCAGAUAAUGCUAGAGAAGCCAUGGAAGAAGCGGCAGAGGAUGCAUUAGAAGCAAGAGAAGAAGCGGCAGAGGAUGCAUUAGAAGCAAGAGAAGAAGCAGCAGAGAUCGCAAGAGAGAGAAGGCUGAUAGCAGCGGUGAACGCAGCAACAGCCAGAGGAGUUACCAGCACUGGUCUAGCUGCUGUUGGUGUCCAGGAACUGGUCAGAAGGAAGCGUCAAACCUCCGACAGCAGCAACGUCCAGCAACUGUCCUUCUCUAUAUCUACACUCGGCUCAAUCCUCGGCGUCUCCGUCGGUAAAUGGUUGGACUCCACCUUCAACGCUAAUGUGGAGCUCAUCGACAACAUGGAGGUCAUAGGAACUCUCGUGGUGGAUCAAGUGAGUAAUAUGCUCGACGAACCCAAAGACAAAUUCUUGGCUAACGACAACACGAGCUCUUCUGAACACUGAAACCUCCAUCAACCGCGUCUACAUCUGCGUCACAAAAUACACCUGCCGUGUUCAGACACGAUGAGCACAUAGACUCACCUUACAACUACGAUAACCCAUCAGCCAUUCACCGCUAAUAGAGCAGUAUAGUCAGUAGAGUGGUAAGAGCAGUUAUGUUCACCGAGUUGGAGCAGUUAUUAUGACACAAACUAUCCACAACACCUUGCACUCCAUACCUAGUUCGUUCUUCUACCACUACCACGAUCCUUUUACCACACCAUGCACGAUCCUUUCUACUACUCCCACGAUCCCUUCAACCACUCCUACACGCCUUCCACUAGUCACGUUACCACUGGCUGCACGAGGGGUCCUCACCUGCCCGUACACGUCACCUCCUCACACACGUAGAUACUAUACCUACUUAUACCACCUCGGUAAACAUUACCUCCUGUAGCUGCCACAGUUGUUGAAAUAUGUAUAAGUCUUGAUCUAUAUUCAUCUUCUUCACCCACGUGAGUGUCAACACAAACAUUUGACUUUAUAGUGAAAUGUAUUCUAGCUGUUAAGAUUAUGUUUAGUCUAGUUUUUGGUAAUGUCAUAUGUUGUGUAAUUUUGUUUUUAUAUAAAAGUAAACUGUAUACUUCUGUUAGUAUAUCUUAAUGUACCAAUAAAGAAUUACUUUGACAUAAAA